AUGCGGCGGCCUGAGUGUUAUGGACGCGAGGACGCAGCUACAAGAAUACCCAAUCCUAUGUACGCCUCCAAUGCAGGCACCACACCCAUGUGGCAGCCUCAGUCACUGCGAUCACUUGCGGACGCCGCUGCCAAAAUACCCAACCCUAUGUACGCCUCACAUGAAGGCGCCACACGUAUGCGGCAGCCCCUGCCGUCUUGGCGAUCACUUGCGAACGCCGAUGUGAAAAUGCUCAACCCUAUGUACGCUUCUAGUUCAGCCAACCCACCCAUGGACCAACCCAAGACCGAUUACCAGGCACGUGCAAACGACGAUGAAAACACGCCCGACGCCACGUACGCCAACAUACCAGACGACCCACCCAUGGACCAACCCCAGACCGAUUACCAUGCUAACGUCGAUGAAAACAUGCCCGACGCCACGCCCGCCUCUGUACCAGACGACCCACCCAUGGACCAACCCCAGACCGAUUACCAGGCACGUGCGAACGACGAUGAAAACAAACCCGACGGCACUCACGCCUCCAUACAAGAUGACAUCCGCCAACUGUCAACCGCUGUUGACGCCUUCACACGUGACCAAGACGACAUGUCCGCCACUGUUGACGCCUUGAAGCGUGGUCUGGACAACGAGCGAAACCGAACCAUCGCCUUGGAGCAGCGUCUUCACCAGAUUGAGAAGACUUUAACAUCUUGUCCUGAAGGUUACACAAUCUGGCGUUAUAUCUGCUACAAGGCCUUCUACACACUCAAGAACUUCGACGAUGCAGCCGCGACUUGUCGUGUAGACGGCGGCACCCUCGCCAUGCCCCGAGACGCUGACACCAACACCUUCCUGGCCUCCCUGGAGAAGUCCAAGACUCACGGUUUCUGGAUCGGCCUGCACGAUCGGCGCGAAGAGGGAAAGUUUGAGUGGGUGGACGGUUCAGCACUUGGGUCGUACAGCUCCUGGGCUCCGGGAGAACCGAACGACCAUAAUGAGGACGAAGAUUGCGCUGCAACCUGGGAGGACCAAGUGUGGAACGACGCACAUUGCUCCGGGUUACAGAUGAACUUCAUAUGCCAGACUGCUCCAGGAUGUCCAUAG